AAUAAUAAUAAUAAUAUCUAUGAGUCGGCUGUCAAACAUGUUAUAUAAGCGAGUGGCUGAGGAGCCGGGCUGUCAGAGAGCUGGUUUGCUGCCUGAGAGAUAUCCUUUUUUCCCCCUGUGGCUGUCAUUACAACAUUAUUUUGUCACGAUUCGUCUCCUGUCGAGGGGCUGGUGUGUAACGUCGUCGCGCGUCCGCACAGUUUGAAGCCCCCCCUUUUUUUAACUUUGUCUCUCUCUCCGGGAUUUACGCGGAGGAGUUUCCCGGCGGCGAACACGGAGCCACGGACUGCGCGACUUUCACACAGAGCUGAGAGUAAAGGUGGAACAGGGGAGGUUUUUUUUUCUCUCUCUCUCUCUGGUGUGGAGUUUUGCUUGUCAACUGGGUGCCUUCUAUUUUUUCUUCUUUUUCAUCUUUUUUUUUCUUGAAAAUGAGCGAGCAGGUGUCUUCACUGACUCCCGGACGGGUCGCCCGGGUGUUGACGGACACUCCUGUCGGUGUCAAACCUGCAACCUUUUAAGCCGCAGCACGAACCCUCUCUGAAACACCUGUAUCACGUCCACAAUUAUGGAUUACCGUACGCUUUUUACCUCGCGCAAAUCCAUUUAACAACUUUUUUCUUUCUUUUUUUCUCCCUCGGGGAAUGGAUUUAAACUGGUGCCUCUCUACACGCCUGUUUCCACGACUUUCCUCCGUACAUGUGUUUCCAGCCGUACAUUCGGCGGCUUUGUGUUAUUUUUGACACGUUUGGGUCUGUGGAGGACUUCACACAAAUCCUCGGUCACACUUCAAAGAGUUGUAGCCUUAAAUCUCGCCGGCUCUCAUGGGACUGAGGCAUUCGUCGCGUUGUUUGCUGCUACGGCGGAAGAUGGCGGAGGCGGACAGCUCGGAGCGGCAGCAGCCCGUCACGUCCCCCCUCUCUCAGUCAGCCCAGCCCUCCCCACUGCCCAAACCAGUGCCUACUACCCACCAUGUGCCCUGCAUCCCCCACACGCCUCAUGUAGCGGCCCUGGCCACCUGUCCCGGCCGAGGCAAGAUCGCCAAGUUCAUCAGCCCGGAGGAAAUGACAUCACGGGACUACUACUUCGACUCCUAUGCUCACUUCGGCAUCCACGAGGAGAUGCUGAAAGACGAGGUGCGGACGCUGACCUACCGGAACGCCAUGUACCACAACAAGCACGUGUUCAAAGAUAAAAUCGUCCUGGACGUCGGGAGCGGCACGGGGAUCCUCUCGAUGUUUGCCGCCAAUGCUGGCGCCAAACACGUGUAUGGGAUUGAAUGUUCAAGUAUCUCCGAAUAUUCAGAGAAGAUCAUCAAGUCGAAUCAUCUACACAACGUCAUUACCAUCUUCAAGGGCAAGGUGGAGGAGGUGGAGCUGCCUGUGGAGAAGGUGGACAUUAUCAUCUCGGAGUGGAUGGGCUACUGCCUCUUCUACGAGUCCAUGCUCAACACCGUCAUCUUCGCCCGGGACAAGUGGCUGAAACCAGGAGGCCUGAUGUUCCCCGACAGAGCAGCGCUCUACGUGGUGGCCAUCGAAGACCGUCAGUACAAGGACUUCAAGAUUCAUUGGUGGGAAAACGUGUACGGCUUCGACAUGAGCUGCAUUCGCAAUGUGGCCAUCAGAGAGCCUCUGGUGGACGUGGUAGAUCCCAAGCAGGUGGUGACUAACGCCUGCCUUUUAAAGGAAGUGGACAUCUACACCGUGAAGCCAGAGGACCUGUCCUUCACCUCCGCCUUCUGUCUGCAGAUCCAGCGCAACGAUUACGUCCACGCCCUGGUCACCUACUUCAACAUCGAGUUCACCAAGUGUCACAAGAAGACUGGCUUCUCCACCGCUCCAGAUGCUGCCAGCACACACUGGAAGCAGACAGUGUUUUACUUGGAGGACUACUUAACUGUCAAGAAGGGAGAAGAGAUCUUCGGCAGUAUUGCUGUGAGGCCCAAUGAGAAGAAUGUGCGUGACCUGGAGUUCACCAUGGAGCUAGACUUCAAAGGACAGCUAUGUGAGGCGGCCAUUUCCCACGACUAUAAAAUGCGUUAGGAACACCAACAACCAACCGACUACCCUCAGCCCUUUCGGGACCCACUUGGAGAGGAGGGGCGGGCUCUCCAACAGGCAUUCCAGUUGGCCGGCGAGGGGCAACCAGACGCGUCCGAUCGGAUGCCGUCAUUGCCAGCACCUAAAGUGAUGUCAUCAGAAUAGGCAAGUAUCUAUCAGCAAUAGUGCCACCACCUGCACCAACUUGAUCCACUCGGGCACAUCGUUGAAUGUAACAUCCUAAACGAACUUGAUUUUUUAUUUUUUUUUCUCUCACUGUUCUCUGGAAGUAUUGUUGUGUUGAGUAUAAAAUGAAAAGCAUUUACGAGUCUUUAUAUUGUUGGUGCAGCUAAUUGAAAAGUAUUGAUCUGGCUGAUGUCGGGAGGGUUACAGCACAGUCAUUAUCUGUUUUGCCUUUUACUCAUUUGUCCAGAUUUAUUAUGCACUGUGUAUAGAGGGUACAGUAAUCAAUUGUGUUUUAUUUCCUUAUUUAUCAUUUGCAUGUAAGAGUUUGUUGCUUCAUUGAUUUCAGAGAGAUGUGAGCUGUAAUUAAUUUAUUUCUUUUAAUCGGAGAUAAUUCAGAGCAACUGUACUUUGGUGCCAGAGUAAAAACAGAGCAAUGCCUCAGAGAAGUCACAAACACAGAUGCAAUAUGACGUGUACCACUUUGUUCUGGAGAUCAGACGAACGAAGAAGAAGUAAAAAGAUGAACACGACGAUGAAUAAAAAUGUCAAAGAAUCAAG